AUGUCUGAACGUACAUUCUACCGUACAUGGGCUCUUUGGCAACAAACUGGCGACGUAGUUACGCCCAAGACGGGGACACGCGGUCGGCCUCGUCUCAUGCUUCGCGAGGAUCUUCAGUACCUCCUCAAGCUCAUCCGCGCCAACCCAACAUACUUCCUCGACGAGCUUCUGGAUCUUACACGGAAGAAUCGCUUCAUCUCUGUCCACUUUACUACGAUAUUCAACGAGUUGAAGAGAUUGCGAGUGAGCAGGAAGAAGUUGAGGCGAAUUGCAGCCGAACGUGACGAACUCGCUCGGGCUGCAUAUGUUGGUCGUAUGGCGCAGUACUUGCCGGAGGAACUGGGCUUUAUCGAUGAGGUUUCGAAGGAUGAGCGGACUCUCGGUCGCCACUACGGACGUGCUCUUAUGGGGCUCCGUGCAGAAGCAGAGCAACCUUUCGUCCGCGGUACUCGCUUCACGGCAUGCUCCCUCCUCACCAUCGAUGGCAUAUCAGCAACGAAGGUCGUAGAGGGGUCUAUGACGAAGGUCAUGUAUCUUGAGUUCCUAGAGCAGUUAGUGCUCCCCAACUGCUCAGCAUAUCCAGGCCCCUGUAGUGUCCUUGUGAUGGACAAUGCCAAAAUCCAUCACGGCGAAGAGAUGCAAGAGCUCGUUGAUAGGUUUGGUGUUCGUAUCGAGUAUCUACCUGCUUACUCUCCUGAUCUCAACCCGAUCGAAGAGGCCUUCUCUAAGAUCAAGCACUUCUUGCGUCGUCAUGGGCAGUACUACGCGGAGGCUGACGAGGAGGCGAAGAGAUGGGAUUUAUAUGAAGUGAUGGACAUCAUCACUGAUAUUGAUGCCUGUGGCUACUUUCUUCAUGCCGGUUACUUCUGA